GAUAUAUCGUAUCUAUGUACGACAGCUUAGCCAUUGGUUUCUUGGUUUCUUCUUGGGAGUUGAGAGAAUAUGGAGAGUUCUUAUCUUGUGCUUUUGUUGAUGUUAAUUGCAACUUUGGCCAUCAUUCAUAUAGUUCAAGCUCAAGACCAACAAGGGUUCAUCAGUUUGGAUUGUGGGCUAUCUGAGAAGGAACAGUCUCCUUAUAUCGAGACUUCCACGGGGCUGAACUUCUCCUCAGACGCAACAUUCAUCCAGAGUGGGAAAACGGGUGAAAACAAGGCAAAUCUGGCAAGUGAAUUUAAGAAGCCAUACAGAACACUGAGAUAUUUUCCAGAUGGCAAACGGAACUGCUAUAAUCUGAAUGUAGAGAAGGGGCUUAAAUAUUUGAUCAGGACAGUCUUUAUAUAUGGAAAUUACGAUGGUCAUGACACUUCACCAGUGUUUGAUCUUUAUCUUGGACCUAACAAAUGGGCCACGAUAGAUUUAGGACAACGGAGGAAUAACACACGGGAAGAUAUCUUUCACAUAGCAACAUCAAACUUGUUGAAGAUUUGUCUUGUUAAGACUGGCGAAACUACACCGCUAAUAUCUGCCGUGGAAUUACGCCCCAUGCCAAAUGAUUCUUAUAACACUACAUCUGGCUCCCUUAGGCUUUACUCCUGUCGUUAUUUUAAAGAGACAGAAUCAUAUCUACGGUACUCUGCCGAUAUCUACGAUCGCAUAUGGAUACCGAAACUCAAGAAGGAAUGGACUCUGAUCUCCACCUCUAGUGACUUGAAAAUUUCCAACUCUUUUCCUCCACCAAAAGAUGCACUAAAAAACGCUGCCACGCCUUCUAACGCCAGUGUACCAUUGACGCUUGAAUGGAGUCCACAAUCUUUGUCCAUUAAUACUCUUGACUAUUAUUACUUGUACGUACACUUUGCUGAGGUUCAAGACUUGCAGGCAAAUGAGAUCAGGGAAUUCAACUUGGUAUGGAAUGGACAACAUUUGGAGGGCCCUGUAACUCCUCCAAAGUUAGAGUUACUUACUGUCUUUAGCCGGUUACCACCGAGGACUUGCAAUGAAGGGAAAUGCAUUUUACAGCUGAUAAGUACCAACAGAUCAACUCAUCCACCUCUAAUCAAUGCUUAUGAACUCUACCUAGCCAUCCAGUUUCCGCAGUCCGAAACAGAUGAAAGAGACGUGAAUGUUAUAAAAAGCAUCACCGCCAGCUAUGCAUUAAGUAGAAUCAACUGGCAAGGUGAUCCAUGCUUCCCUCAGCAGCUUAGGUGGGAUGGUUUAAACUGCACAGACGCGGAUAUGUCCAUUCCACCAAGAAUCACUUCUUUGAACUUGUCUUCAAGUGGUUUAACUGGAACCAUAGCAUCUGCCAUUCAGAAUCUUACGCAACUAGAGAAAUUGGACUUGUCGAAUAAUAACUUGACUGGAGAAGUGCCGGAGUUUCUAGGCAACAUGAAAUCUUUGUUGGUCAUAAACUUGAGCGGAAACAAUCUUAGUGGUUCACUUCCUCAAGCCUUACAAAGAAAAGGACUGAAGCUAUCUGUGCAAGGAAACCCAGAGCUUUGCGUUUCCGAUUCAUGUAGAAAACCACCCAAGAAGAAUAUUUUUGUGCCAAUUGUUGCAUCAGUUGCUUCUGCAGCCAUAAUCGUUGCUAUGUUGGUUAUUUAUCGUCUAGUCAAAAAGAAAAACUCAACGAUUCUACAAAAUUUAACCCAGCGACCAAGUGCUCCAACGGGGAACACUACAUUUGCUAAUAAGAAAAGCAAAAGGUUCAAAUACUCAGAGGUCAUCAAAAUGACAAAUAACUUCCAGAGUGUUAUAGGUAUAGGAGGGUUCGGCAAGGUUUAUCGAGGUACUGUAAAUAGUUCUGAAGUGGCUGUUAAAGUACUCUCUCAAUCUUCAUCUCAAGGCUAUAAAGAAUUCAAAGCAGAGGUUGAACUUCUUGUGAGAGUUCACCAUACAAAUUUGGUGACCCUCGUUGGGUAUUGUUAUGAAGGAGAUCACUUGGCCCUCAUCUACGAGUUUUUGCCGAAUGGAGACUUACAACACCAUCUGCCAAGAAGAGGAGGUAGAUCCAUCAAUAACUGGAGUAUUCGACUAAGAAUAGCUCUGGAGUCAGCACAAGGAUUGGAGUAUUUGCAUAUUGGAUGCUCACCACCGAUGGUUCAUAGAGAUGUAAAAACUGCCAACAUUUUGCUAGAUGAGAAUUUCAAGGCCAAAGUCGCUGAUUUUGGGCUCUCGAGAUCUUUCAAAAGCGGGGUAGAAUGUCAAGAGUCCACAGUAGUUGCUGGUACCCUGGGAUACCUUGACCCCGAAUAUGCUCGUUCAGGUCAGCUGAGUGCGAAAAGUGAUGUCUACAGUUUCGGGGUCGUGUUGUUGGAGAUUAUCACAAACCAACCCGUUAUUAGUCAGGCGUCUGAAGAUGCUCAUAUAAGAGAUUGGGUUGACUCUAAGCUUAGCAGAGGCGAUAUUAUUGAGAUUAUGGAUCCAAAUCUUGGCAAGGAUUAUGACUCCAAUUCUGCAUGGAGAGCUCUUGAGGUAGCAAUGUCAUGCGCGGAUCCUUCUUCCUCAAAACGACCAUCCAUGUCUCAAGUCAUUCAUGAGCUAAAAGAGUGUAUCGUGUUGGAAAACUCGAGGGUUAAUAAUAUUCAAGGCUUGGAAUCUCAAGCAAACAUUAGCUCGAGCACUUCGGUGAGACCCAUGGCAAGAUAG